AUGUCACAAUAUCAUUACUAAUAUCAAGCAAUUGCUGAAAGGACAACGGUCCAUCAAUGGGAGCAAAAAAGAAAGCCGCUCAAGGCUCAAUAGAUGCAACAAAUCGAUCAGGAACUCCAGCAGGAACGGCAUCAGGUUCAUCAUCUUAUGCAUCUCUCACUUUUAAUGAUGUAUUAGAAGAUCUUAGCAGUCGAUUCAUCGUCAAUCUACCGGCAGAAGAACAGGAUAGCAUACAACGUAUAUGUUUUCAAGUCGAACAGGCACACUGGUUCUAUGAAGAUUUCCUUAGACCUCUCAAUCCUUCUCUACCCUCGUUUGCAUUGAGAAGGUUUUCAUCUUACCUGCUACACACAGCAGCGCUAACAGUUCCGCUUAUUCAACGAUACAUCUCCAAUUCAUCCAAUCAUGAGAGUCAACAAGGCUUGGAAGCUGCUUUUGACGAGUUUCUAAAGUACAAAACAAGAGUACCAGUAUGUGGAGCAGUGAUGCUGAAUGCACGUUUGGAUAAAUGCAUCCUCGUCAAAGGAUGGAAAGCAAAUUCUACUUGGGGCUUUCCAAAAGGAAAGAUUAAUCAACAAGAAACUGAAAGGGAUUGUGCUGUAAGAGAAGUGUUGGAAGAGACUGGAUUUGAUUGCGGACCGCUGCUGCCGAAUGAUUCAAGGGAUUAUAUGGAAUUGACGAUGCGAGAGCAAAAGAUACGGCUGUACAUCGUUCCCGGAUUGGACGAGGAUACAUAUUUCGAAACGCAAACGAGAAAGGAAAUCUCAAAGAUAUCCUGGUUCAGCCUUUCUGAUUUGCCCACGUGGAAGAAGAAUAAAGCCCCGCCUCAAGGCAUGGGUGGAAAGUUUUAUCUGAUCUCGCCUUUCAUCGGAAAACUCAAACAAUGGAUUCAUGAGAACAAGAAUAGGUACGCACAGGCUUCAUACGAUGGAGAUGCUUUGGAGGAAGGUGCAGAUAGUGGACAGCAUUUGAUAGCGGAUUCCUCGGGUGAUAAGAGCAAUGACUUGAAAGCUUUACUCGGGCUAUCGGCGGGCAAUGAGCACGAUCAUGCUCCAGCAAUUGAUGGUAAAGGGCAAAGGAUGAUUGAAGAGCAGGGAGAUGAUCGUGGAAGACAAUUAUUGGAUUUGCUGAGAGGUGGUCCAGCUGUUGCUGCACAGCAUACGCCUGGUCAGCCACAGUUGAAUUUCGGGCAAGCAGAAAGCAGAGAUGAUCGGGAAGGUGGAACAUCGUCCUUAUUGGCAGCUUUGAAUGCAGGCUCAGGGAAUGGAAAUGCAACCAGACAAACAUCUGGAAAUGGAAGCUCCACAGCUCUUCUCUCAUUGCUCAAUGGAACAGCGGGUCCAAUUCACGACAUCCCGCAAUCGUCUACCCCACUUCCCGCUCCACGGGCACAGAGGACAGCACAAGCGCAACAUGUGCUCGAUAUGAUCAGCCCUUCAACUUCAAUCUCGUUCGAUACUCAACAGGCAGCUCCGCUCGUACCACAACAGAACCAAUCAGCUUGGCGUCCCGAUCAGCAUUAUCAACAGGCACAAGCCCAAAUCUCCAUUCCCAAUUCCGAAGAUGAAAGAGAAAGGGAAAGGGCACAGAAGCGCGAUAUGCUAUUGAGCAACUUAAUGUCUUCAUCCAUGCAAAUCCAGAAUCCUCCAAGUCAGAACGGCAGUCAUCAAGAUCAAAAGGUUCAUCAUCAAUUUAAAUUUCCACCUCAGUCACCAGGCAAUGCAGCUCCACCACAAGGCAACCUAUUGUCCCUUUUGAACGGUCAGCAGGCGUCCCAUCAGCCACCUCCUCACCCGAGUACAUCUCCUUUCUCGACUUUUGUCCAACAAAGUGCAGGCAAUUUUCCCACAAGUCCUCUGCCGCAGGCUCCGCCACCACCUUCCUCGAUGAUGCCUUCUUCCAAUCCCUUGCUUUCGCUUUUAAACAAAAGCUCGGAUAACGGCCAUCCUGGUUUUCCUCCUCAGCAAUAUGCCAACGCUGCACCGUAUCAGAAUUAUCAAAAUGGACAUGGAGGAUCGCAGAUUCCAAGUGCUGGGCCGGGACCAUCUCCUUUUGCCUCUUUUAAUGCUUCAUUGCCACCACCUCCGCCUCCUCCGUAUCCCGCUCAAAUGCAACCACCACCACCUCAUGCAGCAUACCCUUCAUUUUCACCUUUGCAGCAACCCCAAAUGCAGGCACCCAAUGCUUUGCAACAUCCACCCCCACCGCCGAUGCCGUACGGCUAUCCGGCAAUGCAAUCGCCUUAUUCUCAUGCUCCCCCUCAAGGUCAUAUUCCCCCACCUGGAGUAUAUGCUGCUCAUCAUCCUCCUCCCCAUUGAGCAUCGAUCUGUCUCUUCUUCGCGAGUAGAGAAGGGAUACACCAAUCUGACAAGGAACUACAGACUUUUUGACUUAUUUCAUAUUUAUGCGAUGAUCAUCGUUUGUAUUGAAAUAUUGUAUACCUUUGUAACACUGCAGAAACAAGUCAUGAAAAGCUCUCGUAAUAUCAUUCAAUCGUC